AUGGCAUCACCCACAAAAGCUGACGAAAUCUUCUCCGAUGAGUCAAGCUUCUACGGCGACGAGGAUGAAAAGACCCAACUGGAAGCACAAGUCUCGUCCUACGACCCAGAGCCAUUCUGGGUAGAACCCCACCAGAAGCUGCUAUCAACCAUACAGCCGCAUCUGUGCGCGCCGCCGACACGCGCAAAGAUCGCAUCAUCAGACAUUUCCAUGGAUGAUGCAUCCCCAGAACCAGGCACCAUGCCACGCAGUCAGCGCGGGAAGACCGAGCCCAUAGCUCGCUUUCUAUCGCGUCUUCCGCCCUCGACAACAGAAACCACGGAUGUAGGCCCCUGGAUUUGGAUGUACAAUCCACAUGUGCCGUACAAGCAGAGUGAAGAUGGGGAUGUUCCCACUCUGCUUCGGAAAGGCGGGGAGCUUCUCCAGGAGUACGAGAAUGAGAGUGCGACCCUGCGCGAGGCGCAUGAUAAGUCUGGUGCGAAGACUACGACGGCUUUGACGCGGAAAUUGAAUCCGAUGCGAAAGGAGCUUGAGAAGAACAUUCUGGAUCUGGCGAGGGAGACUGGUGUUACGCAUGGCAAGUGGAUGCUUUUCCCGAGUCAUGAUCGGGUUGAUGAGGUCUGGGGGACGGUUGUGAGGGCAAUGGAGAAGGGGGAGCUUGGGGAUGCGGCGAAAGCUGCUACUGAUGGUGGGUGUGGGAAGAGUCGGUUGAUUUGUGUCUAUACGGAAGAUUUUGGGGAUGUUGAGGAUGUGAAGCGGGUGGUGAGUAAGUUAGUUGACUUUGGGCUUGUUGGGAAGGGGCCCCGAUCUGUUUACUACAAGUCUGAUGCGUUUAAUCAUCUGGGGAUUAACUCUAAGAAUGAAUAUGGACUUAAGGCGAGCAUGUAUUCGAGUCGGGAGCUGCUUGAGGGGAAGUAG